AUGUAUCGGUCCACAAAAGGAGCCUCAAAGGCUCGGAGGGAUCAAAUCAACGCAGAGAUUCAGAACAUCAAGGAACUGUUGCCCAUUUCUGAUUCGGACAAAGCUCGACUCUCCUACCUACACAUCAUGUCACUUGCCUGCAUGUACACCCGCAAGUCUGUAUUAUUCUCUCAAGACGCUCUUCAAGACGAGACCACGGACUUAAUAUUGUUUCAGGAGCUGUCAGGGCUGAUGCACGAAUUGUCAGGUUUCAUGAUACUCCUAACAAGCGAUGGAAAACUUCUGUAUCUAUCAGACAACGUCGCAGACCACCUCGGGCAUUGCAUGGUGGACCUGGUUGCCCAGAGUGAUAGUGUGUAUGAUAUCAUUGAUCCUAUGGACCACUUUGUCAUAAGGAGCAACCUUGCAGGUCUACCGAUGACCACUACUGACACAGACAAGUUAUUUCGAUGUCGCUUCAAUACUACAAAGUUCAUCCGGCGACAGGGUGCGGAGAACAAGUUGAUGCUAGUCAYAGCUCGCUGCCUCACCCCACCUUGCCCUGUCUCUGCAUACUGGACCUCCAACCCAGUAUGGGUGUGUUUCUGUACCCCUCUGAAGACAAAAACGCCUUACCUUACAAUCGCCAAGAGUGCCCCCCUCACCCCACCCCCUGAGCAGUCCUUCCUACUGGCUUGUUUCCACUCUCAACACCACAGGGACAUGAGGCUUUGGGAUGCCCAGGACAGUGUGAGUGUGUACCUGGGCUACGAUGUGGAGUUUCUACGCUCUCGCUCCUGGUACAGCCUGGUCCAUCCCAGGGAUCUCUCCCAUGCCUCUACACAGCACUGUCUCCUAUUGAGUGAAGGAGAGGGGAGGCAGGUGGACAUGGUGGUGCAGGUGGAGGCAGCAGACCACUCAUGGGUCUGGCUCUAUAUGGUCCUCCAGCUGAACAUCGACGAAAACACCAUCAGCUGCCACAACUACAUCAUCAGUGAGUCAGAGGCGUGUUCAAUACGCCAGCAGAGCUCUUGUGAGGUGCUCAUGCAGCCAGUUGGUUAUGGUCCUCGGUCCAGUCUGUUGUCUCUGGAUGAAGAGAACUUCCCCCAGACACAUGGAGGACAACACCAGUGGGAACCAAAGACCAGCCUUCUCUCUGUUGGACCAACCACUUCUGCCUCACUGACUGACACUAAGUCUGAUAUUCUGACUCAAAGAAUUACCUCUCACCUAACCAAUAUGUCAGAACCCCUCCCCUCCUCCCUCACCAAGCCCCUCGCCCCUCUUACUAUGCCCCACCCUCAACAGAUGGGGGAGUGUGCAUGCACUCCCCCGUAUACCCCUCAUCUUGCUAGUGGAAGUUUUCCUUUUGUGGAGAAACUGCAACUCAGUUUUGAUUCUUUCAAUGCAGCUGUGUCCUGCCCAAUGGCCCAUGAGGUUAUUAACCCAGCACAUAGUGCACCAGCCUUCUCCCAGGUCCUCUAUUCCGAGCAUCCUCAGGUCCUCUUCCCGGCAGAGCCCCGUGGAAAGCUGCCCCCCACCACCAAUAGUUUUGGGGGAGAUGAAUGCUCCAUCAUGGGCCUGCCACAGAUUAGUGGUCCCUUGUAUGUGGAUGUUCCCCACAGGCCCUUCCGUGGUCCUCUGAAUGAGCUCCUCCUAACUCCAGAGGCUUCCCCCACACAUCCUCCCUGCUCCUUCUUCUCCACGGAGAAAGAGCAGGAGCGAGAGAGGGAGGACAUUUCUCUCUUGGCUAAAUAUAUUAGCUCUUUAGCUGAGGGAUUCUAUUGUGACCCUCUUCUCCCCAGAAUAACCCCACCCACCUUCUCGUCUUCACCCAGUCUUCAGGCCACAUCCCAGAAUCCCUCUCCUCCUUGCGGAGCUGAGUGUCCGCCCUGGAGGGGGCUAGACCCGCCCCUUAGCCGAGAGGAUAUCUCUCUGUAUGAGGAGAGUAUGGCUCUAGAGAGCCUAAUUGAGGAGCUCUCAACUUUCCCUUUGUCCCCCUCUUCAUGCUCCUCUCCUCCCUCUUCCUCCUUUAAGUCCUCCCCUCCAUGCUGGCCACUCACCCCAGUGAGCAGGUGUAACCCCAGCCUCUUCAAGGGUGAAUCUUCAAUUGGUGUAAACCACUUCUGUAGCGUCCAGUCGACGCAGUGUAACUACAUGGCAGUGGGUGGAGCUAUGAUGGCCGUCGGGGCAGGGAUUAAGAGAGACAUGGAGGAGUCAUCUGAGAGUGAGAUGGAUACGGACGUGUCAGUGGAGCCUCUAUUGUCGCUACCAUCAUCAGCCAUCGCUCUCACAGCCUCUCAGGAGUGUGCCUCUGCCUUUGUCCAUCCGGCUCCCACCAUCGGUUUGCCCCAUGCCCAGUCCCUUCUGGAGGAACUGGAUACCAUGGAAUCUGUGUUUGAGGCAGAUGCCUCUUUCAACCCGUCUCGGGGAGACAACCUGAGUUGUAUCAACUCCCACUCAACCAUACAUUCACAAAGCUUCCACCAAGAUGGAAACCUGCGUGACCCUCUUCUAAAAUAA